AUGGAGGAAGAUGUUAUUGUGGAUGAACAACAUGCUUAUGUUGUUGAAGAAGAUGUUUAUGUUGGUGGGGUAGAGGGAAAUGUGGAAGUGGAAGACUUCCUAAUGGAUGACGAAGAGGAUGAAAGGAAUGUUAAGGGAGAAAAUGUAGAGAGGGGUGAGGAAGAGGAAGAGGAAGAUGGCAAUGUCGUUGAGGGCGAAGUGGUGGAAAAUGUUGAUGACAGUAAAGAGGAAAGAAUGACAAAUGAUGAUGAUGGGUUUGGGAUGGAGAAUGAGAGGGUGGAGGAAGAGAGAAGAAAUAUUAAUCCUGUUUUAGAUAGGUGGAAGAGAAUGAAAAAGAAAAAGAAAACUGUUAGGAGCAGAAUCCAAGAUAGUGAGGGGUCAUUUAUGAUUAACGAAGAAGUUGGAGAGCAUAAGAUAAAUGAAGAUUACAAUACAAAUGAGUUGUCUUCAAAUGUAGAUAGUGAUGAGGAUGUGAGUGAGAAUAAGAGCCAGUUUCCAAAGUAUAGAGUAGAAGAUAUGUUUAUCUUCAGCAAGGGGAGCUGGCACAAAUGCAGGGGCUGCAAGUAUGCGUGA